AUGUCUGAUAUCGCCCUCUUUGAUCACAACCUUAUCUCCCCAGAGGUUCAGGCCGCCCUUCCUCCUAACCACACCAUCCGCGCCCUCCGUUCAGGCGAUUAUGAACGCGGUUUCCUUCAGGUUCUUGAAGUAUUGACUGAAGUCGGCAACCACACCAAAGAAGAAUGGCUUGAACGAUUUGAUUAUAUCAAGAGACACAACCAUGAAUGUACGUAUAACUUUACUAUUGUUAUUACAGACGAUGUGAAGGACCGCGUUGUCGCAGCUGGUACUGUGUUCGUAGAACGUAAAUUUGUACACAAGAAUGGUUUGGUUGGUCACAUUGAGGAUAUUGCCGUCGAUGCUAGUCAACAAGGAAAGAAACUUGGUCUGAGAAUUAUCCAUGCCUUGAUGCACAUUGGCGCAAAGCGUGGUUGUUACAAAGUUAUCCUUGAUUGCUCUGCAAAGAACAUUCCUUUUUACGAAAAGUGUGGAUUUACUCAAAAGGAGUACGAGAUGGCCUGGUACGUCCCUGUCAAGAAGGCCAGCCUGUAA